GAACUCAUCGCUCGCUUCCACAAGUCGAGUGUAGCGCUCUCCGAAAACAUCACGCUUAGAAAACUGGGAAGAUCCAUUCGUCUGUCAUACUUUGUGGUGGCGGAAUAUAUAGUGAAAAGUUUUUUCACUCACAGUUUCGUUGUUGAAGGUUCUAGAGCUUCAAGCAAAUUGAUAAUCUUCUAGUUGCGAAGCCAACAUUAACAAAAUGGCAGACACAGAAAUGGGAAUUAACCACGAAGUGGAGAUGCCGCGGUCGGAGAGCAAAUCAUUCUGUCAGAAAUUCACGCAGUUUCUGUUCAACAACCUUCUCCUAAUUCUUAUGAUCCUCUCGCUCAUCCUCGGCUGCGCCGUCGGGUUCGGUGUCAAGCUGGGAUCCGAUCGCGACUUCACCUCGGACGAGAUCAAGUUUAUCAGCUUCCCCGGGACAAUCUUCCUCAACAUGCUGAAGGUUAUGAUCAUUCCACUGGUCGUUACCAGCCUCAUCGCCGGUAUGGCGUCGCUUGACAGGCAAGCCUCGGGCAAGCUGGGUCUCCGAGCUGUCCUCUACUACUUCACGACCACCUUCAUCGCCGUCAUUCUCGGGAUCAUCCUCGUGAUGUCGAUUCGUCCAGGGGCACGCGGAAGAAGCAAGGACGAAAUCGAUACCGCAGGACCGGUUGAGGAGGUCAACACGGCCGAUGCUUUCCUUGAUCUGCUACGAAUGAUGUUUCCUCCAAACAUUAUCGAGGCCACCUUCAGAACCUACAAGACACGGCAGGUCACACAGAUCGUCGAGCCGAUGACGACGAUGCCGAUGAUGAUGAACAGCACGGACAUGAUGGCGACGGACUCGAUGAUGAACUCUACCAUGAUGGGCCCGAUGACAAUCACCGUCUCGCAAGGUGGCUACGAGUUCAAGUCCAACAUCCUCGGCCUGGUCAUUUUCUCCUGCGUCUUCGGGGCCGUUCUGGGCCGCCUGGGUGAGAAGGGGGAAGCCUUCAAGGCCGUCGUCGAGUCCAUCAUGGAGUGCAUCAUGGUCAUGGUCGGCUUCAUCAUCUGGCUAUCCCCUGUGGGUGUGUUCUUCCUGGUCUUGGGGAAGAUCCUCAGCAUGGACGAUUGGGCCCUUGUGUUCGAGCAGAUCGGGAUGUACUCGGCCACCGUCAUCUUAGGCCUCCUCAUCCACGGGUUCAUCAUCCUACCCCUCCUCUACCUCGUCUUCACCCGCUCCAACCCCUUCGUCUUCAUCAAGGGCGUGGCCCCUGCCAUGGUGACGGCUUUCGCCACCGCCUCAAGCUCGGCCACUCUACCGAUAACCAUCAACAGUCUUGAGACUAAUAACAAGAUUGACAAACGAGUAACUCGCUUUGUGCUGCCUAUCGGUGCAACCAUUAACAUGGAUGGUACUGCCCUCUACGAAGCCGUGGCCGCCAUCUUCAUCGCCCAGGUCAAUGACUUCGACCUCGACGCUGUCGACGUCAUCGUCAUCAGCAUCACAGCUACACUGGCUAGUGUUGGAGCAGCAGGCGUGCCACAAGCUGGUCUGGUAACCUUGGUGAUUGUACUCAACGCUGUGGGUCUGCCAGCCGAUGACAUCACUCUCAUCCUCGUCAUUGAUUGGUUCUUGGACCGAGUUCGUACCACCGUGAACGUAGAGGGCGACUCGUUCGGUUGUGGCAUCAUAUACCAUUUCACCAAACAGGACUUCGACCGCAUUGACCAGGAGAAGGCGCUGACCAACGGUUACAAAGACGAGAAGAAGGUCCCCUUCGACCAGAUGGACGGUAACAUCUCUGGGGAUGAUACACGCUUGUAAAGCGACAUCGUUAUCGGUCUCGAAGACGACUUCGUAUCCGGAUUCAGAAUAAGUCACUAUUUUAGUUGAUGAAAACGAAAUCAGAGAUUUUACCCUAAACAAAAGCAAACUUGAUUUAAACUUCUGGCAAUCUACCCCUAACCCCCCCCCCCCUCC